UGAUAGACACUGAUCCGACUACUUCGUCCUCGUAGAAAGGCUGUAAGCUGAACACUAUCUGGCAGUUCUUUAUUUCAUUUGAAAUCCACUUAAAAUAUCUAAUAAAGUUAUUUCGACAUUUUCUAGAAUAUCAGAUUUUCAGAGACUUAUAUUCCCAUAAAGAACUAUAUCGCUUCUAUGCACAAAGAGAAAGAAAACCGAGAUUGACUUUCAUAUAAGAAGGGUACAAUUUAUUUAAUAUAAUCCUCUAAAUUUUUUACCCCUUUUACUUCUUUCGAUAUCUUUUCGAGCUAUUUUUAUUCAGCAUGCGAUAAGAACAUGGUGAUUUCGACAGAAUACUACAAAACAUUCUAAAACGCAGUAAAAUUAAACAAAAUACGAUGCUGUUGAAAAGGGCACGAGGAAAGAAGAAUAUGACUUUUCUUUUAUUUUUGGACUACUUGUUGUUCAUUAUGCUCAACAUAACUGAUACUGAAAGAUUUGCGAAGUACAUGAUACUGGUAUACGAUCCGUACACUAAAUGGAAACAACUUUAGGCUUGACAAUACAAUUGCAAUUUAUUUUUAUUUAAACUUAGAAAUCUCAUAAUCGAUUUUAAACACUUAGCUGAAUUUGAUCGAGUAUUUUUGAUGUGAAAAGUAAAAGUAGACUCCUUCCAAGGAAGCCUUCCAAUCAUUGUAAUAUAUGUCAUAUAUCGCAGAACUGGCCACACAAAAAUGGAAACUAGAAGAGAUAGUUCUUGAAAUACCGUCAACAAGAUAUAUUUCAAUUACAUGAAUAAUAUAAAAAGCGUAAGAAGUGUGGAUUAAAAUGCGGGGAGGAUGAAGGAGAGUUGUAUCUAAAUUGGGAGGGAUAUAACUCCACCACUACACGUAACAUGUGUAUAACAUAACGAUAAGAACAAAAAAGAAAUUAUGAUUUCUUCGGGAAAUGUUAAAUCCGGAUAUAACACUGCAUUUUGCAUCUUGUAUUUGGUAAAAAAGAAAUAUAGCAAAAAGCAAAGUUUAUAACCGUUUAGAUAAACAUUUGAAGGAAAGUAAAACUCUUUAUUUUCCUUGUAAUGUUUAUCUCAUUAUUAGUUACAAAAUGUGUAUUUCUUUCAACGAGUCAUGUGGAUAUAUUUUGUAACAGGUUUAGUGCUUGUGGUAGGCACUUACGUUUCUGAACAACAUGAUUUUACUCGGAAUAUCUUCUGCAACAACGAGGUUCAAACGUGGUAUGAGGCUGCAGAGGUAUGUAAAAUUGGCGGGGGAAAACUGGUUGCCUAUGAUACAGGUUUAGGCAAAUCUAUAGCAGAGCUAAAUCUAAUACAAGAAGUAGAUAUCUGGACAGCCGAUUAUGCAAGAACAAAGACUUGGAAUGGAAAUAGAAUGAUAAGAAAUGACGGUUUCACGAACUUGUGUGGUUUCAGUUAUGCUAACAGCACGUCCUUGUCAAUACGUGAUGAGCUUUUCGGCGAUUGCUAUACAAAAAGACGUUACUUUUGCAUGAAUUCAACAACAUUCAAGAUAGACGUCUUUGAAAAUGAUCGUUUUCAUAUUCGCUGCAACGACACCUUUUAUUCUGAGGAUUUAGCGCGUACAUGUAUAAAACCAGGUUUUUUUUUCUGGACAAGUACAAUUUUGACGGCAAACAUAGAAAGAGAAACGCUACAAACUCAAACUGCAGAUGUCUUGUGCGGAGCGUAUACAAAAGACAUAGGGAACUACUUUAUCAACUGUAACACCAAACGUUUGUCGUUAUGCCAAGGUCAUGAUGGAGAAAACUACCCUUUCUCCAAAGGAUGUUUCAGUGAUGUGGUUAACGGAACCACAACAUCAACUCUUCUGAUCAAUCAAUCAUUUGAAUCCUCAACGGAAAUUCAAGAUAUUGGUCUGGAGGUUGGACUACCUAUUGCAGGUUGUUUGAUAAUACUGCUUGGAGUUAUAAUUUUCAUAAGUGUCAAUAAAAGGAUGAAACAAAAGAGCAACGUCUGUAGCGACAAUCACACUAAAGAUGAAACAAACACACAUACCAAUAACGAUCUUAAUAUGUAUGAAUCUCUUAGUCAAAGAAACACUGUUGAAAGCUCUUAUAGCUUUCUUGAAGUACCUUGCUCGGAAAUUGAGGAAAAGUCUCCCAUGAGGUUGGAAAAGAACUUUGCAAACAAUUACAACCAUUAUAACAACCGACAACAAACCAACCGAGUUAUCACACUGUACACUAUAACAGACAACCAUUCAAUAGGCUGA